GAAGAACAACAAUGCCAGUCAAGGCGGAAGUUGCUACCUCGCAAGAUAGUAGCUGAAAAUAGUAGCUUGGAGCCAACUUUAAAUAUAUCCUAUUUUCAAUCUCUGAAAUGCAACAGCCACAUGACAACUUUGUUUGAAAGUCAUAAAGGAUUCUUAGCCAAAACUGACGAGAUAAAGCUAGCUAGCUACCUCAUUUUCCACGUGGAAAAAAAGGGAGGACAGGGACUUGCUAGCUACAUUAGCUUGCUAGCUAGCUGUCUAUUCUACAAGGAAUUUGCAGGACAACAUGAGUGGAGAGAAGGAAACAUUGCUGGAAGAAAUCGAACAGAGUUUACACCCUCUAACGGAGGAUAAUUUACGACACCUGUGUGAACGCUGUGGAAUAGAUGGCUCCCAAGUUAAAGGAAAGAACCAUCGCUCGUUGCGACGUAAAAUCAUGGAGGAAAUGUGGGAAAAUGCAGAUUCAGUCAAAUCGGAGGAGCAGGGAAUGUCUUGGUUACUCCGACUGAAAGAUGACAUCAGAAAAAUACAGGAAGUAUCUAGCGUGGCGCCCAUGAGUCCCAGCCAGUCUGAUGAUGAUGAUGAUGAUGCUACAGACUGCGAUGAAGAAUGGAACGUGGAGGACAACGAUGGAGAUUCAGAUUCGAUGUCAAGUAGGAACAAUGGGGACAACCCUAACGGUCGCUCGCUCAGUGGGAGAGCCUUAUCAUCUGGGAAGGCUCCAGGGUUGAAAGUGAUCCAGCGACCUUACAGCUGUGAUGUAUGUGAGAAAAGUUUCCCACAUUUAGGAGACCUAAAAAGACACCAGAGAAUACACACAGGAGAGAAACCUUAUGGCUGUGAUCAAUGUGGGAAGAGUUUUCGUCAGCCAGGGCAACUGACGAAACACAAGCUAACACACACUGGAGAGAAAUCUUAUCGCUGUGAUCAAUGUGGGAAGAGUUUUGCUCGAGCUGAUACCAGGACUGAACACAAGCGAACACACACAGGAAGGAAAUCUUAUGUCUGUGAUCAAUGUGGGAAGGGUUUCACUACCUUAGGAGCACUGACUAUACACCAGAGAAUACACACAGGAGAGAAACCAUAUGUCUGCGCUGUAUGUGAAAAGAGUUUUCGUCAGUCAGGACAACUGACUAUACACAUGCGAACACACACGGGAGAGAAACCAUAUAACUGUGAUCAAUGUGAGAAGAGUUUUGCCGAAGCUGGUUCCCUGACUGAACACAGACGAACACAUACAGGAGAGAAACCAUAUGUCUGUGAUCAAUGUGGGAAGAGUUUCACUACCUUAGGAACACUGACUAUACACCAGAGAAUUCACACAGGAGAGAAACCUUUUGUUUGUGCUAUAUGUGGAAAGAGUUUCCGUCAAACGGUACAACUGACAAGGCACAAGAGAACACACGCGGGAGAGAAAUCUUACAGAAGCUUUGAUCAAUGAGGGGAUUCGAUCAUCUCGCCUGGGUUGCACACAAACUCACAGUUGACGAUGCAUCAGCGAACACACACUGGAGAGAGACAUUACAGAUGUGUGGUCUGCUGUGAGUUUUUAGUUUAUUAGGAUCCCCAUUAGCUACAGGAUUUUGGAUCCCCAUUCUUCACGGUUUUGGUACCGUGAUGAAACUCAGUGGUGUGUCUGGUGGGGUAUCUGCAGUCUAUUCGGGAAAGUAUUCAGACCCCGGGGGAGAAGGACCUUGGUCAGGGCGGUGACCAAGAACGCAAUGGUCACUCUGACAGAGCUCCACAGUUCCUCUGUGGAGAUGGGAGAACCUUCUAGAAGGACAACCAUCUCUGCAGCACUCCACCAAUCAGGCCUUUAUGGUAGAGUGUCCAGACAGAAGCCACUCCUCAGUAAAAAGGCACAUGACAGCCCUCUUAGAGUUUGCCAAAAGGCACUUGAAGGACUCUUAGACUAUGAGAAAUCAGCAUCAUGCUUUGGGGAUGUUUUUCACCAGCAGGGACUGGGAGACUAGUCAGAUUCGAGGGAAAGAUGAACGGAGAAAAGUACAGAGAGAUCCUUGAUGAAAACCUGCUCAGGACCUCAGACUGGGGCGAUGGUUCACCUUCCAACAGGACAAUUACCCUAAGCAUACAGCCAAGAAGUGGCUUCGGGACAAGUCUCUGAAUGUCCUUGAGUGGCCCAGCCAGAGACCGGACUUGAACCCGAUCUAACAUCCCUGGAGAGACCUGAAAAUUGCUGUGCAGCGACGCACCCCAUCCAACCUGACCGAGCAUGAGAGGAUCUGCAGAGAAGAAUGGGGGAAAUUCUCCAAAUACAGGUUAGCGUCAUACCCAAGAAAACCCAAGGCUGUAAUCACUGCCAAAGGUGCUUCAACAAAGUACUGAUUAAAGGGUCUGAAUACUUAUGUAAAUGUGAUGUCAUUUUAUUUUAUUUGUAUAAAUUUGCAACAAUUUUGGAGAGAAAAGAAUCAGAUUUUUUCUUUGUUUGUCAUUAUGGGGUAUUGUGAUGUCAUUACUAUUGUGAUGUCAUUACGGGGUAUUGUGAUGUCAUUACGGGGUAUUGUGAUGUCAUUAUGGGGUAUUGUGAUGUCAUUAUGGGGUAUUGUGUGUAGAUUGAUGAUGGAAAUCAAUUGAAUCCAUUUUAGAAUAAGGCUGUAACGUAACAGAAUGUGGGAAUAAAUCAAGGGGUCUGAAUACGUUCUGAAGGCCCUUUGUCUGUUCUGAAGUGUAUACAAAUACAUUAAACAAGUGGUUCGGGAAUUAACACACAUAUUUCUUAAGACAAGACGUAGUCCAUUUCUCCUCAACCCUCAACCAUAAAGACUAUCAUCCAUGUUGUUGAUGUUAGUUAUAUGUGUGUAGUUAAAGGGCAAGACGUGCUGUUUUGUUUUGAGACAGCUUUGCUAGGUCUUUCUUUUCUGCACCUGACCAUAUUACCAGACAGUCCUCAAGAUGGGACAAGACCAGAGUCUGAACAACUAGUACAGUUGAUCUUUGCAUCAGAAACACAGAACAUAUUUUUUAUAACAGACAAUAUCCAUCCCCAUCUUCACAAUAACCUAGUCAACAACUUAGUCUAACAGUUGACCUUGACAACUUCACCUCAUCUUCACAACAACUUAGUCAAUAUGACCUGACCAUGUUAACUACACCUCAUCUAAACAACUUAGUCAAUAUGACGAGACCAUGUUAACUACACCUCAUCUAAACAACUUAGUCAAUAUGACCUGACCAUGAUAACUUCACCUCAUCUAAACAACUUAGUCAAUAUGACCUGCCAUGAUAUUCACACUCCAUCUUCACAUGCACAACCCCAGGUGAGGUUUAGGUCUAAGAGAUGGUUGGAACCAAAUACAAUAUGGCCUGACCAUGAUAUUCACACCCCAUCUUCACAUGCACAACCCCAGGUGAGGUUUAGGUCUAAGAGAUGGUUGGAACCAAAUACAAUAUGGCCUGACCAUGAUAUUCACACCCCAUCUUCACAUGCACAACCCCAGGUGAGGUUUAGGUCUAAGAGAUGGUUGGAACCAAAUACAAUAUGGCCUGACCAUGAUAUUCACACCCCAUCUUCACAUGCACAACCCCAGGUGAGGUUUAGGUCUAAGAGAAUGGUUGGAACCAAAUACAAUAUGACCUGACCAUGAUAUUCACACCACAUCUUCACAUGCACAACCCCAGGUGAGGUUUAGGUCUAAGAGAAUGGUUGGAACCAAAUACAAUAUGACCUGGCCAUGAUAUUCACACUCCAUCUUCACAUGCACAACCCCAGGUGAGGUUUAGGUCUAAGAGAAUGGUUGGAACCAAAUACAAUAUGGCCUGACCAUGAUAUUCACACCCCAUCUUCACAUGCACAACCCCAGGUGAGGUUUAGGUCUAAGAGAUGGUUGGAACCAAAUACAAUAUGGCCUGACCAUGAUAUUCACACCCCAUCUUCACAUGCACAACCCCAGGUGAGGUUUAGGUCUAAGAGAUGGUUGGAACCAAAUACAAUAUGACCUGACCAUGAUAUUCACACCCCAUCUUCACAUGCACAACCCCAGGUGAGGUUUAGGUCUAAGAGAUGGUUGGAACCAAAUACAAUAUGCUUUUAGAUGUAUUUACGCCCAGUUUAUUCUGUAAGUCAUUUUGCUAAGAGUCUCCGUGAGCUCCCUGGCUGUAGGUGCUGAUGUAUAGAGUCUGCAGUCAUCAGCAUACAUAGUCAUUUUAGCUUCUUGUAAGACAAAUGGCAAAUCCUUUGUAAAAAUAGAGAAGAGUAAGGUGUGUUGGUUUGACAGCAUGUUGAGGGGUUCACACUCUGUGGGGUUAUAUUUACUUUACCACCUACUGUUUGUGCUUUCAUAAGAUGGCUGAGAGACCGUCAAUUAAAAUGUUAUAAUGUAGAAUGUUUUGCCAAUGUUAUAGGUAGAGUUCUCAUGUUGGAAUUCAAUGUUAUAAGUAGAGUUUUCAUGUUGUAAUUCAAUAGGUAGAGUUAAUGUUUUAAUUCAAUGUAAUUAAAAUUGAACGCAUAUGUGCUUGUAGUUAAUACAUGCCAAUGUAUUUCUGUUUUUAAUGAGAAUAAAUACGAAGCUCCAAUGAA